AGCGGCACAGCAGCCCCGCACAGCCGCGCUCCGCAGCGGCCCCGGGCCGAGCCAUGGGCGGCGUUGGCGGGCGGCGGGCGCUGCUGCGGGUGCUGGCGCUGCUGGCCGUGCUGGCGCUGCCCCGCGGCGGCGGCGCGGCGAUGGACGAGUGCACGGAGGAGCGGAGCGGGCGGCCGCAGCGCUGCAUGCCCGAGUUCGUCAACGCCGCUUUCAACGCCACGGUGGUGGCCACCAACACGUGCGGCACGCCGGCCGAGGAGUACUGCGUGCAGACCGGCGUCACCGGCGUAACCCAGUCGUGCCACCUGUGCGACGCCUCCCAGCCCCACCUGCGGCACGGCGCCUCCUUCCUCACCGACUACAACAGCCAGGCCGACAGCACCUGGUGGCAGAGCCAGAGCAUGCUGGCCGGCGUGCAGCACCCCGCCGCCGUCAACCUCACCCUGCACCUCGGAAAGGCCUUUGACAUCACCUACGUGCGGCUGAAGUUCCACACCAGCCGGCCAGAGAGCUUCGCCAUCUACAAACGCACGCGGGAGGAUGGCCCGUGGGUGCCCUACCAGUAUUACAGCGGGUCGUGUGAGAGCACCUACAACAAAGUCAACCGGGGCUUUAUUCGGACUGGGGAGGACGAGCAGCAGGCGCUCUGCACGGAUGAGUUCAGUGACAUCUCCCCCCUCACUGGGGGCAAUGUGGCUUUCUCAACAUUGGAGGGGCGUCCCAGCGCCUACAACUUUGACAACAGCCCUGUGCUGCAGGAAUGGGUGACGGCCACCGAUAUUAGGGUGAGCCUCAACCGCCUCAACACCUUCGGAGAUGAAGUUUUCAAUGACCCCAAAGUCCUCAAGUCGUAUUACUACGCGAUUUCUGAUUUUGCCGUGGGUGGAAGAUGCAAAUGCAAUGGCCAUGCGAGCGAGUGCAUAAGGAACGAGCUUGGGAAGCUGGUCUGCAACUGCAAGCACAACACCUUUGGGGAUGACUGUGAGAAGUGCCUUCCCUUCUUCAAUGACCGGCCGUGGAGGAGAGCAACAGCAGAAAGUGCCAACGAGUGCUUGCCUUGUGACUGCAAUGGGAGGUCACAGGAGUGCUACUUCGACCCCGAGCUGUACCGCUCCACCGGCCACGGCGGGCACUGCAUGGGCUGCCGGGACAACACCGACGGCGCCCACUGCGAGAGGUGCAGGGACAGCUUCUACCGCCUCGGGAGCGAGGAGGGCUGCCUGCCCUGCAGCUGCAACCCCGUGGGCUCUCUCAGCACACAGUGUGAUAGCUAUGGCCAGUGCAGCUGCAAGCCUGGUGUCAUGGGGGAGAAAUGUGACCGCUGCCAGCCAGGCUUCCACUCCCUCUCUGAGGCUGGGUGCAGGCCCUGUUCUUGCAAUCCUGCUGGCAGCACAGGUGAAUGCAACAUGGAAACAGGACGGUGUACUUGCAAGGACAACGUUGAGGGCUUCCACUGUGAGAGAUGCAAACCUGGGUUUUUCCAUCUGGAUCCCUCAAAUCCAAGAGGCUGUACCCCCUGCUUCUGUUUUGGACACUCUUCGGUUUGCACCAAUGCCGUUGGCUACAGCGUGUACAGCAUCACCUCCAGCUUUCAGUUUGGAGAGGACGAGUGGCACGCUGAGCAACGUGACGGCUCCCAGGUCCCUCUGCAGUGGAGUUCAGAGACCCAGGACAUCUCUGUCAUCUCAGACAGCUACUUCCCCAUCUAUUUUGUUGCACCACGCAAAUUCUUGGGCAACCAAGUUUUGAGCUACGGUCAGAACCUGACCUUCUCCUUCCGUGUGGACAGACGGGACACACGUCUCUCAGCAGAGGACCUGGUACUGGAAGGGGCCGGGCUGCGUGUGUCGGUGCCUCUCAUUGCCCAGGGCAACUCGUACCCCAGUGAGAGCCCGCUGACCUACACCUUCAGGCUCCAUGAGGCUGCUGAUUACCCGUGGAGGCCUGCUCUCUCUGCAUUUGACUUCCAGAAGCUUCUCCACAAUUUGACUGCCAUCAAGAUCCGUGGAACAUACAGCGAGAGAAGUGCCGGCCAUCUGGAUGACGUUACCAUCACCAGUGCUGUCCCAGGGGCCGGCGUGCCCGCAGCGUGGGUGGAGAGCUGCUCCUGUCCAGCAGGCUACGAGGGGCAGUUCUGUGAGCGCUGCUCCCCUGGGUACCGCCGAGAAACCCCCAGCCUGGGGCCCUACAGCCCCUGCGUGCCUUGCACCUGCAAUGGGCACAGCGAGACCUGUGAUCCUGAGACGGGCGUGUGCGACUGCAGGGAUAACACGGCAGGCUCUCACUGCGAGAAGUGCAGCGAUGGGUACUACGGGGAUGCGACAGCGGGCACAGCCUUGGACUGCCAGCCCUGCCCCUGCCCCGGCGGCUCCAGCUGUGCCGUCGUGCCCCGCACAAAGGAGGUUGUGUGCACCAGCUGCCAGACAGGCACCACCGGCAAGAGGUGUGAGCUGUGUGAUGAUGCCUAUUUUGGAGACCCACUGGGUGAAAAUGGGGCUGUGAGGCCGUGCCGCCUGUGCCAGUGCAACGACAACAUUGAUCCCAACGCUGUGGGCAACUGCAACCGGCAGACGGGGGAGUGCCUCAAGUGCAUCUACAACACAGCCGGCUUCUACUGCGACCGCUGCAAGGACGGCUUCUUUGGGAACCCCCUGGCCACCAACCCUGCUGACAAGUGCCGGGCUUGUCACUGUAAUCCCUACGGCACCGUGAAUCAGCAGACGAGCUGCAACCAAGUGACGGGGCAGUGCGAGUGCCUCUCCCACGUCACCGAGAGGGACUGCAGCGCCUGCGAGCCCGGCUUCUUCAACCUGCAGAGCGGCCGAGGCUGUGAGAGGUGUGACUGCCACGCUCUGGGCUCCACCAAUGGCCAAUGUGACAUAUGGACAGGGCAGUGUGAGUGCCAGCCCGGCGUCACCGGCCAGCGCUGCGACCGCUGCGAGGCCAACCACUUUGGAUUCGGCCCUGAGGGCUGCAAACCAUGCGACUGUGACCCAGAGGGCUCACGUGCCCUGCAGUGCCGUGAGGAUGGGCGCUGCGAGUGCAAGGAGGGCUUUGUGGGGAGCCGCUGCGACCAGUGUGAGGAGAACUACUUCUACAACAGGUCGUGGCCGGGCUGCCAGGAGUGCCCUGCGUGUUACAGAUUAGUGAAAGAUAAGGUGGCAGAGCAACGAGAGAGGCUACGGGAGCUGGAAAACCUGAUAGCAAAUCUGGGCACAGGAGAAGAAACUAUCACUGAUCAAGCCUUCGAGGAGAGGUUGAAGCAGGCAGAAAGAGAUGUUAUGGAGCUGCUCCGAGAAGCACAGAACAGCAAAGACGUAGAUCAGGGUCUCAUGGAUCGUCUCAGAGACAUCAACAGCACUCUGACAAGUCAGCUCAGCAGGCUGAGGAACAUCCAGAACACGGUGCAGGAGACAGAGAACCUGGCAGAGCAAGCCCGGGGCCGGGUGGAGGACACAGAGGACCUGAUUGCAAUGGCUUCUGAUAUGCUGGAGAAGGCAAAGAUGGCAGCUGGCAAUGUGUCCAUUACACCCCCGGAGUCGAGCAGUGACCCCAACAACAUGACUCUAUUGGCAGAAGAGGCGCGCCGGCUGGCUGAGAGGCACAAACAAGAAGCUGAUGAGAUCGUUCGCAUUGCCAAGGCAGCCAACGAUACUUCCACAGAAGCGUAUCAGCUGCUGCUGAAGACCCUGGCUGGGGAAAACCAAACAGCACGUGACAUUGAUGAGCUCAACCAGAAAUAUAACCAAGCAAGAAACAUUUCUCGAGAUCUAGAGAGACAGGCCAACCGUGUGCUUGAGGAGGCAGAGGAAGCUGGAAAUAAGGCCCUCCAGAUCUAUGCUAAUCUCACCAAUCUGCCCACUGUGGACACCACGGGGCUGGAGAAUGAAGCAAAUAAGAUCAAGAAGGAAGCGGAGGAGUUAGAUCAGUUAACAGCAAGGAAGUUGAAGGACUAUGAAGACUUGAGGGAAGACAUGAAGGGAAAGGAGCUGGAAGUCAAGAACCUCUUGGAGAAAGGGAAGACGGAGCAGCAGACUGCAGACCAGCUCCUGGCUCGAGCAGAUGCAGCAAAAGCCCUGGCUGAGGAAGCUGCUCGGAAGGGCAAUGGCACACUGCAGGAGGCCAACACCAUUCUCAGCAACCUGAAAGAUUUCGAUAAGCGGGUGAACGACAACAAGACAGCAGCUGAGGAGGCGCUGAAGAAGAUCCCUGCCAUUACCCAGACCAUUGCUGAAGCCAACAACAAGACCCGCCAGGCAGAGCUGGCGCUUGGCAACGCUGCUGCUGAUGCCCGUGAAGCCAAAACUAGAGCAGAUGAUGCUGAGAAAAUUGCCAGCGCUGUUCAGAAGAGUGCCGCUGCUACCAGAGCAGAAGCGGACAAGACCUUCUCUGACGUGACGGGGCUGGCCAGAGAGGUGGAUGACAUGAUGAAGCAGCUCCAGGAGGCUGAAAAAGAGCUGAAGCGUAAACAAGAUGAUGCUGAUCAAGAUAUGAUGAUGGCAGGCAUGGCCUCACAGGCAGCCCAGGAGGCAGAAGACAACGCAAGAAAAGCGAAAAACUCUGUGAACAGCUUGCUUGCUGUCAUUAAUGACCUUUUAGACCAACUAGGGCAACUGGAGACGGUGGACCUGAACAAACUGAAUGAGAUUGAGGGUACCCUGAACAGUGCCAAAGACCAGAUGAAAGAUAGCGACCUGGACCAGAAGGUAGCUUUCCUUGAGAGAGAAGCCAGGAAGCAAGAUGAUGCGAUACAGUCCUACAACAGGGACAUUGAGGAAAUCCUGAAAGACAUUAGCAACCUGGAGGACAUCAGGAAGACCUUGCCAUCUGGCUGCUUUAACACCCCGUCCAUUGAGAAACCCUAAGGGUGUGCUGGGGGUGGAGGGUAUUCCCCCGCUGAUCGGUGGAGCGAUUGUUUGGCUAUGGAGUGCCUUAACACACGUUACCUUCUUCCAAUCCCCAUCUCUUUGCUGCUUGCAGCCUCUGUUUUCUUCUCAAAUCAGGAUAAGUUGAAAAGGAUUUUUUUCCUUUUUUUUUUUUUUAAGAGAAGCAAAUUAAAUAUCCGUCUUUGGGCAUCAAAGGGUUUUUUUUUUUUAAUAUAAAUUGUCUUCCUGAGCACUCUGCCCCUUUCUCAGACACAGUUUCCCUUUGAUUAGUGCAAGGAUGAGAGAUGCUCUGGACUCUUUAUACUGUUCAGCAAUAACCACGUGAGCUGUGUACAGCAAGGCAAAACUAACUCUGCUUUCUCUCCUCACUUCUCCCCUUGACUGUAAAUUCCUUGAUCUGGAACUCUGUCCCCAUGAAGGAAGGGGGUUGGCUACCAAAUCAUUACUGUAAUGGCCAGUAUAGCUGCACUCAUUCAGAUCCCUGUUCCCAACUUCUAACCCUGUGAAUUAUUUUGUCUGGUUUUGUGACGUUAACCAGUGGCCAAUCGGAAACGUUGGUAGCCUUUUACAAACUAUCCUCAGCCUCUUUCUCAAGUGCUUUCUGUGAUGAUGCAUCGCUCUGAGAAAAACGUGGCCUCCGAGAGGAGCUUUUUGGGAAGAUGAGAUGCCAGGGGAGCAGUAGGUCCCACCAGCACCGCCGGCUGGUGGAGCAGAAGUUGUGCGUGCAGUCUGCAGGCAGCUGCCUGUUGGGUGGCCCAGGCUGGGGAGUCUGGAAGUGAUGAGCUGAGUUCCCAUCUGGAGGUGUUGCUGUCAGCGCCAGAGGAUUUUUGUUUGAGGUUACAGAUGUCCGGGUGGCACGCUGACCUGUUCAAGCAGCAGAAAUCUUGCUGAAGAGGAGAGCUGCCAUCCAGAGAGCUCUGACAGCUGGGCUGACCUCAACCUGAAUGAAUUCAGGUGGGGAACAGAGAGACCUUGAAGAUAUCAAUGAGAGGAUCUUUCUCCCCAUCUUCUUCCUGGAGGAGGCAGGUGGCAUUUUUACACUUCCUGGUGUUGCUCUCGCCUUUUGUCUUUUACUUUUUAACCCAGCUGUAAGAGCAGUGUUCAGGUUCCUUGAGGUGCUCCCAGGUCUGCUCCCAGCCCGGAGCACGCUCCGCAGCUCUCCCUUGGGCUCUGGCCCAGCAUCCCCUCUCUCUUCCUUCAGAUCAAGCAUGUAUCUAUCCUUAAACACUAUGCAACUUUGUACGUUUGCGUAGCGGGGAAGAAAUUAUUAUCUGACACACACUGGUGCUAUUAAUUAUUUCAAAUUUAUAUUUUUUGUGUGAAUGUGAUAUAUAUUUUUUUUCCUUUUUUUUUUUUUUUAUCAUGGUUACAGUGUGAGGAAGUCUCUCGUGCGUGUGUGUGUGUGCGUGUGUAAAUAUCCUCAGCCAUGUUUCCAGAGUGGCACAGCCUGGCCUCCUCUCUGUGCUUUCCCCUGUAACCAUCGCAGCACGUGCACCGCACUGCUCCUGCCCCGUUGCCCCCGCAGCAGCCAGUUCUUCCUCUGCCCAGCUUCCCAUUUGUGUCUCCCAUUUGUGUCUCAGCAUCUGCAUUGUGUGAUACUGGCAAUAACCACUGCGCAGGGAGCACACCUCACCCGGUGCCGCUGGGCAGGAUGAUUCCAGCAAGCCCCGCAUCUCCCAUCCCCAUCUUCUUAGGGUUUCUUGCCAUUUACCAAACGCUGCCUUGGGGUUUCCCCACCUGUGAACAUAGCUGGUCCAUGGAGGAGGGCUCCCCAGUGCUCGCCUUCCCUCCGUGUUCCCGGCUGGCUGCUCUGGUCAGAUGGCUGUCUCUAACCACGUCACCUCUCUGCCAAGGCUGUGAGAAGAGCAGAUGCGAAGAUGCGCGCAUGCCCUGGCUGACCUCAGGCCUAAGGUUUCCUGCUUUCUCCUCUGUUUUUUUUUUUGUUUUGUUUUUGUUUUUAUUAUUAUUUUAUUAUUUUUAAUUUUUGUCGUCGUCGUCGUUAAGCUGUUUUUAACAGAAUUCUAUUUUUAAAUAAAAAAAAAAAGUCUUUAUAAGCGAUCUCUUAAUCACUACUGCAUUACAGCCAUUAUUCAUUGUAUAAGUCCAGUUAUUUCUGUACGUGAUGUGAUGAUGAGAUGGCUGCUGGUGGAGUGCUGGAUGGCAGCGCGUGUCGGUCCCUCAUCACUCAGUUCCUGACUGUGGCCCCACAGUACGUGCCUUCACUUCAGCUUUUUGCCUUAAUCUGUGGUCUCGCUGUCUGGGGCGGUGAACAAAAUGCAACACUUGCAGUUUUUAUGUAUAAAACAGUAUUUCUUAUUUAUAAUAAAGUCUGAAUAUUUGUAACCCCUUA